CUCUGUCUCCAUGCCCUGUAUUUAUAGAAGCAGAUUUUACCCACACAUAAGACUUGAUGUAACUUGUAUAGCGGCGUAAGCAUCGCAUCUGUACAGUCUUUUCAGUAUGCUAGGAUGCACUAAACUAUAGGGGAACCAGCUGUUCAGUCCUGUGUGUCCUUGGCUUACAAUGAGAACAAGAAUAGAAAUAGUUCGUGUGAACCGUACCAGAACGUGUGCUACUUGUUUCACUUACACAAAUAAUACACAAACUUUUAUGGCACUGGAAAGAGAGAAAUAUUCAGUCAAAUUUCCCUUUCUUUUGGAAAUGAGGGGAAAAGCUGUAGAUUAUGAUGUCAAUUUGAAAAUAUUAAAGUUGCUCUCAAUAAUUGCUAAUUUUAACAAUUUAAAACUGUGUGUUUAAAUCUUGGGGUGGCUGUCAGAAAUAUUGUCACAAAAAAAUCUGGGGAGGAGUGGGAGGGUGGAGGAAGGAGGCAGCCUCGUGUCUUUGCUCUUGAUCAUUGGUUGGAGCCUCGGGAAAAGGGAGGGGCCACGGCGCCGCUGUUUCUGUAGAGAGAGGCAGAGGCAGCGAGGAGUGUGAGAAAGAGGCAGCAAAGGAGGAUAAAUGAGCACGGGGGCUCUCCCAGCAUCGGCAUGCCUGCCUUCCUGAUUUCCACUCCAGACAUAGUUCUUGCUCUUCUGAAUAGAAAUACCGGCUGAGGUGUGUUUGUGUGUGUGUUUUAAACAUCAGUCAUCCCGCACACUGCCUUCAUCUUCUCAGCUCACGGCUCUCUGCUGUGAUCUUACUGCGAAGGACCAGACAGAAACUGAGACAAGAGCAAGCAGAGAUGGAAGAGUGGUGAAAAGAGGGUAAAAGAGCAGCAAGAAAGCAGAGGAGAAGAGGAGAAGAUAAGCAGGGUGAAGGACAGAAUCGAAAGGAGAAAUUAUACGUAGUCUUUCCCACAGUUUUUGUAUGCAGCGCAUUAAACAAAAAUGCCUUUCCACUGGAUACCGUGUCUGUGACUCUGUGGACAACAGACAGAUAAGGGAGACCUUCAGUCUGGGAUUCAUGCAGCUGCAACAGAUGUUGAAGACAUCUCAGACUUUAUAGGGAGUGGAGGCAUUUCAAGCAUAACUUGGACCGGAAUUCCAUCAAAGUCACAUUUUUGUCUAUUUUCCUUUUUGUGCCUUUAGCUGGGAAGUGCGCUUCACUGACAGAACAAAGAAAAGGAAUGCCCAUUUUUGUGUGUGUGAACCACUUUUACCCACAACUGCCUGCACUGAGGACAAUUCCAGAGGACUUCCUCACCUUUCUCUGUCCUCUCCAUUCUUUCUGCAUUUGAAAUGGUGGAUGGUGACAGCCUCGUCGGGAAACCACAGCAUGGAGCUUCUUAUUUGGACUGAAACCGCACAGCUACUUUCAGAACCAGCCAGCUACCUGACAAAAUAGUGGGUUCUUGGAUUCAUCGCAGCCUGAAGGGCCCCUCGGACACGUAUUCCUGCCCAAGAUGAUGAAUUCCUCCCUGGAUCCACUGAACCAGAGCUCUGCUGACUCAUCAAACUUAUCUGCUCCUUUCUGCUUACUUGAGAUAGGCUACUCCCAAAUUUUCACCACCUGCCUCCUUGAAGUCUCUAUCAUCCUUCUCCUGACUGUUCUUAUUAUUUCUGGUAACCUGGUGGUGAUAUUUGUGUUCCACUGCGCCCCUUUGCUCAGCCAGCACACCACCAGUGCUUUCAUCCAGACCAUGGCGUACGCUGAUCUGCUGGUAGGAGUCAGCUGCCUUUUCCCCUCCCUGUCCCUACUCCAUCACCUCCAGGGCCUCAACCCCAAACUCACCUGCCAGGUGUUUGGGUACAUGGUGUCUGUUUUAAAGUCAGUUUCGAUGGUGUCUUUAGCGUGUGUUAGUGUAGACCGCUACAUCGCCAUCACGCGACCUUUGACUUACGCAUCUCUAGUGACACCUUGUCGAGUGCGCUGCUGUAUCGUUCUAAUAUGGCUGUACUCUUCUCUGGUGUUUCUCCCCUCUUUCCUUGGAUGGGGGAAGCCUGGUUACCACGGCGAUGUGGUGGAGUGGUGUGCAAUUGAGUGGAGGACUCAUCCGGCUUUCACAACCUUCAUUGUUGCGCUGCUCUACGCCCCGGCUGCUCUCACCGUCUGCUUCACCUAUGCCAACAUCUUCAAGAUCUGCCGACAGCACACCCGGGAAAUCAGUGAGCGCCACGCUCGCUACCGACCCCAGCAGCUGCAGGGCCCGGGAAUGACCGCAGGAUCUGUGGUCAAGGACAACAGUACUGUAGAGCAAGGGCAGUUGCCUCACAUGCCCCAACCACAAAAGCCUCAUCACCAGUAUCAGCAGCCCACAUCGACGUACCCAGACAAACGAUAUGCUAUGGUGCUGUUUCGCAUCACCAGUGUGUUUUAUAUCCUCUGGCUGCCCUACAUCCUCUACUUUCUGUUGGAGAGCGGAAGGAUCUACCACCACCCUGCAGCCUCAUUCCUCACCACAUGGCUGGCUAUCAGCAACAGCUUCUGCAACUGUCUCAUUUACAGCCUCUCUAACUCUGCCUUCAGAAAGGGCCUCAAACGCCUCUGCUCCUUCUGUUUACAGAGCAGUGGCGGUGGCUUUGGGGUUAGGAACACCAAAAAGGCUUUCGUUGGCUCCGUUGAAAAGGGGUGUGCAGGGCCAGGAUAUGGAUAUGGCCAUGGGGAAAUGGGAAUUGGUACAACAUGUCAUGUGUAGUGCAUAAACAGAGAAAGGUCUUGUGGCAAAUUGGCAUUUGAAAUUUCACAAAAUGCUUGAGGAAAUUGCUGUAAAAUGUUGCUAAAAUGUGCUGUAAAGAGAUGGAACGAGGUGUCAGUCUGGCACUGCUGUUGCCUUCACAUUUGGAGGUUACACAGGCAUCCUCUCGGCACCAGUCGCAGCUGGCAGAGACAGAAAAUGAGAGCCAAAAGCAAAGCACGAAGAAAAGGAAGGCCUAACUAUCCCUUCACAGUGUGUUCUAAUGGUCAAGGAAACACAGAACAUGUGUAUGGACAGGAGUGAUAGAUGGAAGGUGAUGGAAAGGAGGAGAUAAAGGUGUUUGAAAAUCUCUGGAGUAGUGAACUCUUUUUAGGAUCAACAAAAUGUUUAUCUACUGGUCUUGUGGAAGUGAAUCCUUAACUUAUUUUGCCAAAACAGCAAAGUGUUGUGAAAAACUGUCUGUGCUGUAUGUGAAUCACUUUGUGCACACUGUGUGUUGGAUGCAGCAAACAAGAGAUGAAUGCAAACAGAUCAACUGACUGCUGUGAUUUAGUGAGGUUGUACUGAUGUGAAAGGCCAAUAGCAAGCUCUUUAAUUUUUACCCCCUCAGUACUGAAUAUUUAAAAUGAUGCAACCGUGUGUUUUGUGUUGUGUCUCUUGCUAUUCACUGAUUGAUUGGCUCAGCUGAGUUUAAAAGAAAUGGAAAGAGGUAGACAGAUAUAGAUCCAGUGCACACGUUGUUUUAUAGGUUGUUUGCAUUGACUGAAAUGGUUAUUAUUUGUCUGAAUCAAGACAUCUGUUCUUGAACUUUUAGAUUAUUUAUUGACGCUGAGAAAAUGUUAUGUUUGUAGCUAAUCUGUGGGUUCACACACUGCACACAUUGUUUAUAAUAUGCCGCCCAGCUGUGGUGUACGACUGUUAACCUGACAAAAAGAAAAUGUAUUUUAGUGAAUUUCAAGUAGUAUUUCAAAUCUUUCUCAAUUUAAUUGCACCUUUGUUUGAUUGUGUAGCGAAAUGUAUUUUGUAGGUAUUUCCAAGGCAAAGAAAGACCAAGAAAGGAUGUAUUUUUACACCUACUUUUUACUGAUUGUUGGUACAUCUUUGAGCUGAUUUUUUUUUUUAAAGACUAUUGAUUGAAGGUAAAAAUAUCAAGCAUUUAAUUAGACAACUCUUGAGCUGUGACUUUUACCCGUCGUUUUUGCCAGAGAGGAACAGUCUGAUGAGAAGUCAGACGUGUGAUUGUAUAAAUUUUUCAUCUACAUAAUUGUGCAGAUAAUGUCCUUGCUGUGGACUUCGGUAUAUGCCGUGUGGUGACUGCAUUAUUGUGGCUGCAUUGGGGGACUAGCGCAUGUGCACACCAACACAGGAGGAUCACAUGCAAGCAGAGCACACAAACAGCCCAUUGACUCUGUCAGGAGGUUACCCUCUGUGCAGCACCAUGAUGCGACUCUGUCCCCCAAACCUCUGGGAACUGCAGUUUCAAGUGUGCGUAUGUACGUGCACAUAUACGUGCAUGCACUUAUUAUAGCGUGUUUGUGCCAUCUUUCCACAUGUAGGUCUGUCGGUUCAUUUCACCCCUUGCUAUUUAAUACAAAAGAAUUAGCUGAAAGUAAUCAAAGCGUACAUAACUGGUCUUACAAUCUAAAGUUGAUAAAAAUGACCUGUGUUGAGCUAUGAAGAUUCAUGUCACAUGUUUAUUUAGAUGCAGAUAUUCUAGCUUUAUAUAUCUUAUCUAAUCUACCAAAGAAAGUUCAAUAGAAUAUAUUAUUAUAAUAUUUUUCUAAAUGUCUAAUAUGUGAAGAUUUACUUCUAUGCUAGUGGGUUUUACACAGAGUAAAAGGUCCACUGCACUGUGUUGGCUCAGUGAUGCCUUGUGUGCAUGAUUAUGACUGUCAGUAUAACGUGACAUAAUGUUGCCUUGAUGUAUAAAUGAAACUGAUCUGUUGGGGAAAUAUUUUCCUUCAACAGUUAAGGAGGGCUCAGUUUGUAGACCCGUGACUGUUUCUAGAAGACAGAGCACAGACUGGCUAUUGUGUGAAUAUGCAGUGCUGUAAAUGUGUAUUCGUCAGCCUCUGUCGUUUGAUUCCACAUUCAUUGUAACCUGAACCGCAACGUAAUCAAAAUGUGACUGUUAUUUCAGGUCUUCUUCAUAAAUAGAUAAUUCAAUCAAUUUCCCUCUCCUGUAUAAAACUGAAAAUAACGAGGAGUAAACACACGGCUCAAACUGUUACAUUUCUUUGCAUGUAUUUGUUCCUGUGUACCCGGCACAUAUUAGCGUGUCUGGGUAUGUCAGGAUGUGACCAUUGGCUGAAUUUGGACUGUUCAAAGUGUCUCUAGCAUAGGUGCUAACAAAGUUAUCACCUUUCAUUGCUUUAUUAGCUGCACAUUCCUUCCCUAAAGUAUACUGUAUUUUUUUACUGUGUGUGAGUGAUGUACAGUGUUAGAUAGAUUCACAUGUUGUCUUUAAAUAUAUUCGCUGUCGUUUGUGCAGCAUUGCCAAAUAUUCUAAUCUUUCCUAUUUGUACCUUAUUUCGUUCCACUGUCUGAACAAUUGCCAGUGUACAGAAAUGUCGUAUUGAAUGUCUGAUUGUCAAAGUACACAAAUUUAUUUUGUACAAUCACUUAAUUUCCGUCUGCUCUCUUGUGAAGUGUUAAAUGUUGCACAGUGUUGGUAGGUUUAGCAGCAUGCUUUUUUAUUGAAAUGACUGAAGCUGUGUUUUUAUAAAGAUAAACUUUUGUUUUCUUUGGAUAUGUCUCUGCUGUAAAUGUUGUCAUUUUUAUUUGGAAGUCAGUCGAGUUCACUACUUAAAGGAUGUUAGUUCCCGUAGCAGUUAAUGGCACAGUUCCUCAGAAAUUUGUAUUUAGGGCGAGCGUUUCAGGAAACUAUGCUCCCAAAACACGGUCACAUUAGCGGUCAUGUACACACAUUUCCAUCCUUCUGUGGGAAAAACAAUCAACUUUUAAGUUCUCAAGAAAAUGACGCUGGUGACUCUCGGGAACUAUGGCACCGUGUUGGGGAGGAUUAGUGAAAACAAAAGGAAAUAUGGACACCAAGUCGGGUCUAGAAAGUAGUUUGUAGCUUAAAUGCAGCUUUUUUUCUAUGGAAGAAGGAAAACAACUGGUGGGGAGCUGAGUAAUAAGUGACAUUUGACCUGUAAAAUCAGGAAGGUCACUGACAGGUAAGCUUAAAUAAAGUUGGCAAUAGGUGCAAAAAAGGAAGAUUAAAGUGGUUCCUUGCUUUCAAAACCGUUGGCUACAUUUUGUUUCCCAUGUCCUUACAUUAUCCUCAGUCGCCUUGCUGAUAGUGUAAACACAUGAACAAAUUUAAGUUUAUUUGAACCCUUCUACAGUUUAUCCAGAAACAUUAGAAUUACAGCUGUUGCUUUUCCAUCUUCUUCUUUUGGCAUGUUAUUGUGUUGGCAAGCAAUUUUAGGUGCAUCAGUACUUUCUUUACACAAAUUAGUGUGUCUUGGGAACAAGCACAGUCCGAAUAGAGCUGCUGAAGUCACCUACUGUUGUGACUAUGAUAUUUAAAAGUGUAAUUUCUUAGCUUUUGAUUGCGUUAUUGUACGGCUUAAAACUGCUUUUUCUAUGUGCCACAUUAAAGCAACAACUAAUAAAUUUUAAUUUGAAAAAUGUCACCUAUGAAGUGGCAGCUUCUCUGAUUCCUGUCACAGAGAAAACUUCCUGUGAGGUUGGGUGUUAGUAUUAGCAGCUUGGGACCACAGACUCUGUCUUUGUACAUAGUAAUGUGGCAGCGCUGCCAACUGAAACGGUGGAAAAUGUUUGUUGUCCUUCCUGUCUUUGUGGGCACAGGUGGUCAACUUGUUAUGUGACCUCUCCCUUCCAUGAUUUACUAAUCUUAUGUGGCCUUUUGUGGCAACAUUAUGCAUUUUUCUGUUGUUGUUGUUUUGGCUCUACAUGUGUCAGCUACACAACCUUAUUCUUGUAGUCUAAUGGGGUGAUUUUGCGGAUAAGGCCUGAUUUACGUUCUCAUAAUUCCAGUUGUUUAUCAUCAUUAUGAGGGGAUUUUAUUUGUAAUAAUCAACAAGAUGGUUUUUAUCACCAACUCCAAACAACCAGAGCUAUUAAAGACUGAUUCAUGGCACAGCUGUUCUGAAAAGAUCGUUAUCACAUUUCACAUUAGACAAGACUGAUCACUCUGCAUCCUUGGUCCCAAAAUAUUCCGAACACAGGAAUUUCAGUCUGAGAAUUUGUGCUAAAAAUUUCUCAAAGUGAGCAAUGGGGUCUUUGUGAGCUUCAGAUGGAGAACAUGAAGCCGUUACCAUGUUGAAUAAUGACAGUAUGUCAUAUUUUCAUUUCAUAAUGGUGUCCAAUUUGUUUUAAGGUUUGCGUACGAUGGCUACUUUUAUACGUUGUGAAUGUUGGUAAAACAUGUUUAAGUUUGCUGCCAUUGAAGGUGAGUCUUUCCUUCACAUGAUGCAUUGUAACCUGUAUGGUUUUGUAAGAUGUACAUGUUGUGUAUCUGUACUGAGCAAAUAAAUGUGAUAUGGUCUCAGUG